AUGGGCAAUAGAACCUCUAUGAGUGAAGAUUCGGAUGGAUUUCUCAAUAGGGAAGCUUCUGAUAUGUUAUUUAAUGGUAAACCAGCGAGUAGUGGUAAUACGUUUUGUGCUAUUGGAAAAGUUUAUGGAAGUUAUGAAGUUGUCUCUAAAAUUGGAGAAGGUGCAUUUGGACAGGUGUUUAAAGUGAAGAGAGUUAGAGAGGACAGGUCUCCGAGUGUGAGAAAUGCUCACAGUCCUUUGUCAGCUGUCAAUAGCAAGAUUUUCGACACAGUUUUCAACCAACCAACUAGAAAAUCCACUGCGACCUAUUCAUCACCUACUCCUUCCUGUCAAUUCUAUGCAAUGAAAGUAAUGGUUGCUCCUACUAGCUCAACUACAACCAACACUACACAAAUGGUGAAUGCACAAGCUAAAAUUGACAAUGAAAUUAAUAUUUUAAAAUCAUUGGAUCACCAAAAUGUAUUGAAAUACAUAGAUCAAUUUUAUUUGAAAAUUGAUUUUACACCAAAAAUUAAGAAGGAUGCUAUUGCACUUGUUUCGGAAUAUUGUGAUGGAGGGAGCUUAGGAGAUAUUAUAGAUUUGGGACAAACCUCGAGACUGCCCUAUAAGAAAUUAGUGGAAUGGUUUUCAUCAAUGGUUGAUGUGUUGGUAUACUUUGAAAAAAAGGGAGUCAUUCACAGAGACAUCAAACCUGGAAAUUUGUUAUUAAGUAGUGGUGUUGUAAAAUUGGCUGAUUUUGGUUUGGCCAAAUCUGUAAUGGAAGUCACACUAACUCAAAAUCACACAAUUUGUGGCAGUCCAAUAUAUAUAUCACCUGAAGUUGCUUUCAGAAAUGCAUACAGCUCUAAAGCUGAUGUCUUUUCUAUGGGAAUAACAUUUUUAGAGGUUUGUUCAGGAGUUUCUCACGAGCAAUUUGCCUCAUUUUUCCAAUCAGAUAUGGUUGACUUACAACCUCUUCUUGAAAAAAUCAAACUACCAUCCCUUCGCACAUUAAUCAGUUUAUGUAUUGCAGCUAAUCCUGCAGAUAGAAUUUCAGUCGAGCAAUUAUCUAAACAUCCCAUCUUACAAGCCUAUCGAUUCCUAAUCAGUGAGCAAACACCAAAAGAUCCAAAAAAUGUCACAUUUUUGAAUGUAUUAAUUGGUGCUAUUGAGCUAAUUUACCAAUCAGGAGAUGUUCAUAUGGGAAAGGAAAUUUGUAAAGGAUUGGAUCUUAUCAACAAUGUACUUCCUAAUCAAUCUCUCUUGGAUUCAAUAUAUGAGGGUGAACAUUCUAAUUUUCUUCAAAUGGUUUUCAUAAUGGGAACAAUGUGGAGUAAUACACAAUCUAAAAUAGCAAACGAAAGUGAAAACUUUCUGAAAAAAUACAUUGAAAGUGGAUACUUGUACAAGGAGCACUUUUCCAAUGAAAUUAUUUCACUCUUUGUAUCGUGCAAGGUACCAACUGAGAGGAUUUUCUGGUUUUUGGAUGAACAUUUACUGAAACAUUUCGACGAAGAGAUUGUUUCUCUCGUUCAAACUGCUGUGGAAAAUGCAUCUGAUAAAUUGAAUCCAUCCACAGCAGGAACAUUACUUGAAAAACUCACUGUUGCUGAAAAGCAAAAGGCCAGAGAAAGUAUUGAAGAAAUAUGA